GGUCUACGGCAGUGACGUACUUGCUUGGAAAACUUUGUGUUCAGCCAGAUUUGGAUCUAGCUACAAGAAGAUCUCAAAGCAUCAACAAGUUUUAUAAGAAGAAAGAUAUUCUCUUCCACUUCUGAGGUUUUCUGCUGAGAACACAGUAGGAUGCAGGAACCACAAGUGUCAACAGUAACACUUUCCGGAAAAAUAAAGCACAAACACGAGAUGGACAGUGUUUGGGAUGCUGGUCCGGAAUGUUCAAUCUGCUUUAGUGCAUACGACAACACCUUUAAGACACCAAAGCUUCUUGACUGUACCCAUACCUUCUGUCUGGAAUGUCUGGCACGUUUUGUGGCUAUUUCACCAGAACAGGCGGGCACCCAGAUCACCUGCCCCCUUUGUCGCCAGCCAACGUCUGUGCCUACACAUGGUCCUCCAGAUCUGGUCACAAGCCAAGAGGUUUUGGGUCAACUCCCAAGUGACCAGCAACAUGUCGAGAAAGUUUUCCUAGAUGGAAAGAGGCUGUGCUACUCGAAUCCAAUGAUACCUAACUGUAUCUGUAUUGACAUCGGUGGGAAUAAACCAGAGGAGAACGAGAGAAGAGAGGAGAGAAGAGAGGGUUGUGGGAGCAGGAUGCUGCGAUUCUUGGGAUUGCAUGGUAACUGGAAGAGGCUAGUGGUUUUCACUGUCAUACUUUUCGUGCUGUUCAUCGUGAUAAUAUGGCCUCUCCAGUGCUUCUUCGACAAUGGCUCCCUGACAGUAUGUUUCAGGAACUCAUCACAGAUUAUUAGACCUUCCAGACCUAUGAUGGGUUAAUAAGGCAUGUUCAUGCACGUUCACGCAGGACGGUUGUGAAAUAAAGAAGGUUUUAUCUUUUAUGCAAACUUAGAUACAGUUUGAAUAUCACAAAUUGUGAAUAGCAAUCAGUUUUUAGCCUAGGCAAAAUACUUUG